UGCUUUUCUGGAGCCUCCCCACAUGCUUGUUGGAAACUUGAAAAAUUACUCUGCUACGGUCCUGCCAGCACCCACAGCUCUCCCAGCUGAGCAGAAGACACCAUGCCACCGGUUCUGGGCAUCACCCUCUUGUAUGCCCUGCUGACCCCAUCACUAAGCCAGCCGAAAGAUGCCAUCCUCAGGCUCAGUAAAGGUGUUUUAAGCGAUGCUCUUACAGGAUCACUCAGGCAAGGCAAUGCCCUCCAAGGCGCCUUCGGAGAGGUGCCGCUUGGGAGCGGACGUGCCGGCACAGAUGGAAGUGGAGACCUGUUGGGUGGCCUCGGAGGAGGUCUCCUUGGUGGUGGUCUGCUUGGUGGUGGUGGUCUGCUUGGUGGUAUUACUGGUGGUUUGCUGGGCGGCGGUGGUGGAGGGCUGCUGGGGGGGCUGACUGGUGGUCUGCUUGGUGGAGGGGGCGAUGCUGGCGGUGACUCGCUGGGUGGAGGGGGUGGUGGAGGCGCUUACGGGGGGGAGCCCAAAAACUCUCCCAGAGGCUGGCCGGCAGCUGGUGGCGAUGUCCCCAGGGAUGGCAUCCCUGCGGGGGUUGCUGGAGGAGCACUGGGACAAGGAGGUCUGCUCGGCGACGGAGGUCUCCUCGGCACGGCAGGGAUCCUCCGCGGUGGCCUGCUCGGCGUCCUUGGCGAAGGCGGCUUGCUCAGCACCGUCCAGGGACUCACUGGGCUGAGGAUCGUGGAGCUGACGGUCCCCAGGGUGUCCCUGCGGCUCCUGCCUGGCAUCGGCGUCCACCUCAACCUCUACACCCGGCUGGCCCUUAACGCCAAGAGCCUCCUGGGUUUGCUCGACAUCGCAGUGGAAGUCAACAUCACAUCAAGGGUCAGGCUAACCAUGGAUGGCACGGGCUACCCCAAACUGGUGACAGAAAGAUGCAAUACCCUCCUUGGUGGCAUUAAAGUCAGACUCCUGAGAGGCCUGCUCCCAAUUGUGGAUAAUUUAUUGGCAAGUGUCCUGAACAGACUUCUUCCUAAUCUGCUCUGCCCGGUGGUCGACAUCGCCCUGGGACUCGUCAACGACCAGCUGGGUCUUGUGAACUCACUGGUGCCCCUGGGUUUGCUGGGCAGUAUCCAGUACACCGUGUCCAGCCUUCCCCUGGUAACCGGCCAGUUCCUUGAGGUAGACCUGAACACUGUCGUCGGGAGAGCGGCAGGAGGCUUGGUGGACUAUCCGCUGGGAAAGCCAGAAACUGUCCCCACACCACCACGGGUCCCCAUGCCACCCCUGCCACCCAUGGCAGACACCAGCUCCUCACAGCUGGGCCUUUCUGCGAACUUCCUUGGCUCGGUGCUCUCUGUCCUGCAGAAGGAGGGUGCCCUGGACCUGGACGUCUCCACCGGCAUGUUUCCUGAGCUCCCGCCGCUAACGACCUCGACCCUUGGAGCCCUGGUUCCUGCGAUUUUCAAGGCAUACCCUGAGUCACGUGAACUGCUGCUGAAAAUUGCAGUCCCUGAAGCACCGGUGGUGACCUUAAAGAAAAACAAAGGUGUGAUCCAGCUCACAGCUACAGCAGAGGUGGUGGUAAUCCACCCAGAUGAUGUCCAGAAGUCUCUCUGCCUUCUGAAUAUCGACACCUCCUUGCUGGCUUGGUUUUCAGUUGAGGACAACAAACUGAAGAUCGGCGUCAGCCUGGAGAAGGCUGAUCUCUCCUUGGUGUCUUCGUCCAUUGGUGGUUUUGAUGUCUCGCGCCUGGAGAUGCUCGUUGGCCAGAUUUUCGAUGUUGCCUUCCUGCCUGCAAUGAACAGUGUGCUGGGAGCAGGGGUUCCCCUCCCCAGGCUGCUGAACAUCGACUUCACCAACGCGGACGUCGACGUCAUCGAAGAUCUCAUUGUGCUGUCGGCGUGAGCCAGGGACACCGGCUCGGGAAGGGACCCCUGGUUUUCCCCGUCCACCUCCGGAGGGAUGGGAACCCAGCCUGCCUGAAGGAUCCCUACCGCAUUUCUCUUAGUACCUAACACAGCAAAACAGCAGCUUGGUCUUUUCCAUGCAAAUGUUGCAUCCUGCCUGCAUUGCUUGGAACAGAAGGAACACAGGUGGUUUUUGCCUCCGAACGUUGUGUUUUGGACUCUUUUGUGGGUGCUCAGAAGGAUGCGGGUGUAUUUCGUAUUCUCGUGCUCAGGUUUAAUAAAGUCCAGCCCUCUCUGCA